GCACUCUAUAUCUAAAAGAUGGCGGACGGAGACAGGAGCGGAGAGCCUGGGCUGGAGCUAGCGCGGCAGGCCAAGGAGGCGUUUGAUAUGCAGAGCUACGAGAGCUGUCUGUCGUCACUAAACAAACUAAUGGAGGUCCGCAGGCACGACAAGAGAGUAGCACACAACCGCGCCGUGGCUCGCUACCUGCUUUCCAACCUGACCCUCACAGACGAAUUCAGGAGACACCUCCACACAUUGAAGACUCAGUGGGCGUGUCUAGUUCGACAGAGAGGCAGAAGGAAGUGGGUUGGAACAGAGUGUGAGUGAGAAGGCGGUGCUGCUGUUCAACCAGGCCCUCAUCCACCGCCGGCUACAUCAGAACACUCAGGCGAUCGAUAUUCUAGACCAGUUGGUCCAAGUCUCGGAUGCUCUCACUGACUCUCUGUCCACCGAGAGCAGUCUUCUCCUCAUAGAGCUCUACAUCGCCACCCACCAACUGGACAAGGCCGUCACACACAUCGACCACGUCGAGCUCAGACUCUACGGACAACCUAUGAACGGCCGUGGAGACAACGACGGGGACGCCCCUGUCGUCAACGACCAGUACCGUCCCCGCAUCCAUUUCUGCAAGGCUCAGAUUCACCUGCUGAACAGGAGUGUCAAGUCGUGCAAGAAAGAGCUGAAGAGUUACACCUCUAUGGCUGGAAAUACUGCCUGUGCCCAGUACCUAAAGGCCCACGCAGAGUACCUUCGCCAGAACUACCGCAAGGCCCUCAAGGUCCUAGGCUCCGCCCCCAAGAAUCCGAUUGGUCCGGACACUGGCGAAUGCCUCAGCUCGUACUUCUUCAACGACCUCGGAUGUGUUCAGUGCACUCUGGGCAAGUACAGUCUGGCCGCCCACUACUUCCGCAAGGCCUUGGAGGAGAACGACGCUGCACUCAACGGCUUCCCUCCUCUCGACAAGGCCACACUACAGGAGGCCACAUGGGGGUCUGGGGUCAACUCGUCGCCACGUCAUUCUCUACAACCUCGACUCCAGCAGCUGUAUGCCGGUCACCCCACCGCAGCGUUUGACUCCCUGCUGGAGGUCGUGCACGGUCUAUACCACACGAACCCUCGACCUGUAGGGCUGAGACUAGGCCGAGGCCGUGCAUCGCUUGCACAGGCUCAGAUGGAAUGAGGUGAUAUCUCAGAAGAAGACUAUACAAGAACACCGCUCGUCACUGCACACUGGUUGGGGAAGGGUCUUCACCGAAGUCUGCUGUCGUCCGGCCCCCAUGCCCAACUCAGUCUGCAAGCUCUCUACAAAUAAACACACCCCUCCC